AUGAAUUUUAAAGACGCGUCGUUACGUUUCGGGAUCCCCACCCAUAUAGAGCGCUUGAGGACAGUUCAUCCUGUGGGGAAUGAUGAGGUGUACAUAUGGCAUUAUACGUUAGUUUGGGUAGACGUAAGCUUAGCUCACUAUGAGACCCACGAGUACCUAGCUUGGUGUUUCCAGGACCGUUUUGGAGACGAGUUCGGUCCCAUCAGGUCUGCUGAUGUCCCGUUUGUCGGAGAGGGUCAGUUGGACCCGCAGUGUCCAAACGGCGAUAUUAUAGAUGUGGAUAUGGAGAGUAACCAAGACUCGGAGGUAGAGUAUGAGAUUGUGGAGGAUGAGGAGGAGCAUGAGGAGCUAGGUGGGGUAGCUUUUGAGCCAGAGGUUGUGGACCCAAUCCCGGAGCAGGUGUACGCGGAGGCUCCAGAGCCGAUGGAUAUAGCUGAGGCCGAGGAGCAGGAGCCUUCCGAGAGUUCUUCAGAUUUGUCGGCCUGGGAGCGUCGCACCACAAUUUCGACCUGUACGCGGGAUGUUGUCGCUUCGUGGGGUACGGGGCGUGAUAUUUCUUUCUGUGAAUCUUUACGGAAGUUGCCUGAUCUGUCGAGCUCGAAGGGGUUGCGAGAGGUUUGCAUAAGUAGCUGUGGUAGUCUGGCAGAGAUUCAAGGCGAACUACCACAAUCUUUAGAAAAAUUGAAGAUUGAUGACUGUGAAUCUUUACAGAAGUUGCCUGAUCUGUCGAGCUUGAAGGGGUUGCGAGAGGUUUGGAUAAGUAGCUGCGGUAGUCUGGCUGAGAUUCAAGGCGAACUACCACAAUCUUUGAAAAAAUUGGAGAUUUCUUUCUGUGAAUCUUUACAGAAGUUGCCUGAUCUGUCGAGCUCGAAGGGGUUGCGAGAGGUUUGCAUAAGUAGCUGUGGUAGUCUGGCUGAGAUUCGAGGCGAACUACCACAAUCUUUGGAAGAAUUGGAGGUUGAUGACUGUGAAUCUUUACGGAAGUUGCCUGAUCUGUCGAGCUUGAAGGGGUUGCGAGAGGUUGAAAUAAAUCGGUGCAAGAAAUUAGAUGUGGAGGCAAUUUCUUCCCUUUGCUCGGAGAAGGGAGUCAAAUUUCUAGAAGAAGACAAUGAGUGGGACGGAGAAGACAGACAAUCUGAAUCUAAACAUGAUGGAGAAGACAACGAAUCUGAAUCUGAGGGAGAUGAUGCCAAAUCUGAAUCUGAAGAUGAGGGAGAAGACAACGAAUCUGAAUCUCAGGGAGAAGAUGAGGAAUAAGUGCACGUUGCUCUUGAAAGCUUCUUGAUCCACGACCACAAAUUGUUCCCGCAUGUUCAAACUUUAAACAACUUGAGGUAACCUAUUUCAUCUGACAAACAAUUGUUUUCCCUUUUCUGCAAUCAAAUUCUUUCUCAGAUAUGAACAGAAAAGUUUCACAUGCACUUUUUUAAUUACCUUUUCACGAGUUGAUGACUGAAAAUCUGAUGAAGGUAUUGAAAUUGUGAUACAUCCGUACAACCAGAAGGUUCUUAAUUAUUUUCAAAUA